CAUUUUCUUCCCAUUUUUAUGUUUUUUUUUGUGUCCUUGUUUUGGGUUCAGAGCAAUGGUGCUUUUUGCUCUCUCGUGUCCCCUCUACUCCUUUCCCCAAUAACUCUCUCUCUCUCUCUCUCCAUGUCUGACCAGCAGCAAGACACCGACGCACCACCACCCCCCAAGGGCCGCCCCGCCGGCGGCACCGAGCAGAGCUGGUGCAAGGCGGUCCCCGGCGGCACCGGCAUAACCGUCCUCUCUCUCCUCCUCUCUAAACCACCUAACUUCUCAAUUCUCCAAAAUACCCUCCACAAUCUCCAAAUCUCCCACCCUAUCCUCCGCUCCAAACUCCACUUCUCCACCACCACCACACCAUCAUUCUCCUUCAUCACACCCCCAACUCCUCACCUCCAAAUCCAGCUCUUCGAUCUCUCAUCAACGGCCGAGAUCCUUCGAUCCCUCAACAAUCCCUCCCUCUCCCCCUUCCAACUGAUCCUCGAACACGAACUCAACAACACCACCUGGCGCGAUCUGGACCUUUCAUUGGACUCCGAAACCGAUGUGUUCUUCGCGAGCGUUUACAGUUUGAGUGAUGCCGAGUGGGCGGUGGUGCUGCGGCUGCACACGGCGGCUUGUGACCGGACCUCGGCGGCGGCGCUGCUGAGGGAGAUAUCGGCGGCGGUGGCGGAGGGAGGAGGGGGGGUAGAGAGGGAAAUAGAGGGGGGAGGUGAGGUUAGUUUGGGAAUUGAGGAUUGUGUGCCGAAUGGGAAAUUGAAUAAGCCGUUUUGGGCGCGUGGUGUGGACAUGGUUGGGUACUCUCUGAAUGCUCUGAGGCUGGCGAAUUUGAAUUUUGUUGAUGUGGAAUCGCCGAGAUGUUCCAAGGUUGUGAGGUUGAAGAUAAGUUCUGAUCAUACUCAUCGCAUUCUUUCUGGUUGCAAGUCAAGAGGUAUUGGACUAUGCGGGGCAUUGGCAGCUGCUGGAUUGAUUGCAGGUCGUUCCUCUAAAAGCCUGCCUGAUGAUCAGUGGGAGAAGUAUGCAGUUGUUACCCUCAUCGACUGCCGUCCGAUUCUUGAUCCAGUUCUUAGUAGCAACCAUCUAGGGUUUUACCACUCUGCCACCCUAAACACACAUGACAUAAAAGGGGGAGAAACGCUUUGGGAUCUAGCAAUGAGAACAUACAAUGCGUUCGCUAAUUCAAAGAAGAACAAUAAGCAUUUCUCUGACAUGGCAGACAUUAAUUUCCUCAUGUGCAAGGUCAUUGACAACCCUGGUUUGACUCCUUCAUCGUCCAUGAGGACUUCAUUCAUCUCUGUGUUUGAGGACCCUGUGAUCGACCAUUCUAGUGAAAUGCACAGAGAGAUCGGAUUGAAGGACUACAUGGGGUGUGCUUCUGUGCACGGAGUUGGGCCGUCCAUUGCUAUAUUUGACACUAUACGCGAUGGGGCAUUGGAUUGCAUGUGCGUGUAUCCUUCGCCAUUGCAUUCAAGGGAGCAGAUGGAAGAGCUGGUUGAGGAUAUGAAGAGGGUUCUUGUGGAGGGUGGAAGCUAAUUCUUGUUUCAUUUGGUUGUGGUAGUGAACAUGCUCUCUAAGGGGUAAUAUGUAGAUUUGCCCUAAAUAAAUUUUAUUUUCAAUCUCUCUCUAGGGCACAAAAUUGCCAUCAUCAAUUAUUAUUAGCAUAUGAUGCAAAAUUUUUAGAUUGUGUUGUAAAGAAAGAUGCUCAAGCAAGUAAAGACUAUGAUUACAUCCAA